GUCAUGGGUCAAAGGUCAUCCAUUAAAACCACCGCCUACAAGUCUAUGAACACGGCCAAGGUCACCAUGACGUCAGUGCUGGCGGAGAAGGUCGCAGUGAGUACACUGGCCUGCAGCAACUUCUGCUCGACCAACGGCACGUGCGGCAGCUACUCGUACAGUCCCUCGACCAAGACGUGCCAGCUUGGGGCUUGUGUGACAAGGGCAACAACUCCUGCUGUUGGGGAAAAACGCGUGUACUCAAACGGAGUGGCGUGUACACAACCUUGCACUCCAGCUGUCAAUCUAGGGUUUAACGUUACAGUCGGCAACAACCCAACCUACGACCCUAAUAACAUCGACAUCUACUUCACCUGCCGUGACGUGGUCAGCACCAGUUCCAGACCUGUGGUCAAGCUGGCCUCUGGUCUCAAGGUCAUGUGUGACACGGGCACGGACGGCGGGGGGUGGACGGUCAUCCUCCGGCGCGUCAGCGGGACAGUGGAUUUCUACCGCGGGUGGAACGAUUACAAACGGGGUUUCGGCGAUUACGGAAUCGGCGAAUUUUACCUGGGGAACGAGUUCAUCAGCUGUAUUUCAAUCAACGAGAAACACGAGAUGAGAAUCGAUUUCACCUACAACGGAGUCGAUUACAACGCGACGUACGGAAAUUUCAAACUGCUGGGCGAGGCGACGAAUUACACGCUUCAGCUGAGCAACUACACGGGGAACGCCGGCGACAUCUUGAUCGAAGACGCCGACAACCAGAUGUUCACGACCUACGACCGCGACUGCGACAGUGCCAGUAUCAACUGUGCCGAGUUCUACCGCGGCGCCUGGUGGUACCGUUCCUGCUCUAUGGGGCAGUUAACUGGGACCUGGAACAGCACACUCUACGGGAACGGGGUCAACUGGGACCCCACCACCGGCAUGGACAGUUACAUCAGCUGGGUCGAGAUGAAAAUACGACCUCUGGCGUGAAAUCAAGGAACGUCAAGAACGAUAACAACUCACAUCUUUAGAUAUGUAGUAUUUUUUUAGGUUACUUCCCUUUCGUU